UUUUGUAAAAUUAUAUUCCUUUUCUUAUUUUAUUUGUCUUAUAUUAUCGCUUAGAUUUCAGGUAUUGUUUUACAUAAAGAAACUGAUGAAUCUGUUCAAUGUACAAGUUUAAGUACAUGAUGUACAAUUUACUUUAAAUAGUAAUAUUUUGUAUUCUGGAAUUUAUCUUGGAAAUAGAUACCUAAAUCGGUAGGCAAUAAAAUGCUGAUUGCAUGAUUUUCAGAAUAGAGAAUUGUUCAUCUGGACAUCUGACUUCAUCUUGCAUUGUCACAUUGGAUACUCACACAUGCAAAAUAUUGUCCUUUCUUAAAAAAAAAUUGAAAUUUUUUUAUUUUAUUCAAUUAAUAUAAUUUAAUUCUUGCUUAAUUAUCAGGCUGUUAAUUUUCUGAAGAGAGGUUGAUGAUGAUGAAGUUUAAAAACUCCAAUUUUCUUAUGGCAAAAAGAUCAAAACUUGCUCAGAAAAAUAAAGAUCGGUCAGGGUGUAUGUCGGGUAUUGUAAGCAUUUUUGCUUUCCGCCAUGGCCGGAUUACCAGACAACUGCUUUCAGAUCAUGCUACACACAUCACUGAAAGUACCAUCGGUCCUUCGUAUCCUAAUUCCGACGUGAACUCAAUUACGGAUUCAGAAGAGAUGAUGCAUCUUUGGAUUGAAUCUCAGAACGUUGAUCAGAAAGCUAAAACGGCUGUGAAGGAACUCAUGGAAGAAGAAACGCAUACGCAUGGCGUUUUAGAAUGUGAAGAGAACCACGAGUCUAUGGAUUAUCGUCAAAUUUCUAAAGAUCAACCAGUUCCAUCUCAAUAUUGUCACUUUCAAGAUCUAAUGAACGAGCUCUUGUUGAUCCAUCAGAAGAAAAACGAAGAAUUACAAAACCCAAAAUCACUCGAAAGAUCAAACUCGUUACAGAAUGAAAGAAGCAAUCCAAGCUCAAACGACGCCGUUUCCCGUAAACACCGGAACUUCUUCAGAAGAAGAAGCAAGUCUCACGAAUGUAUAUCCUUCGAGAACGAUAGCUCUCUUCUACCUUCAAGCACAACCAAUGGGUUUCAUAACGAAAGAAGUGUUUCCCAAUUUUCGUUCUCGGAAAUCAAGAAAAAACUAAAAAACGCCAUUGGAAGAUCAAAAAGGGAUUUAGGAGAAAAACCAGUUGUUGUUGAUGGAAGAAGGAGUGGACGGAGUUCACCACUAAGAGACCAUUUCUACUCUGAAAGAUUUUCGACAAUGUCUAACGGGUUUAAGAUUCAAGAUGGAGUACUUUCAAGAUCAUUCAAAUACGAAACAAAAUCGAGGGAAAACGAGGGAUUUGGAAACACGAGCGAAAGAAUUUCUAACAUCUACGUUGAGGCAAAGAAACAUCUAUCAGAGAUGUUGAGUAAUGGAGAUGAAUGUACAGAUUUGAUGGUGGCAAGGCAUCCUAGAACCCUAGGAAAGCUUCUAUCUUUUCCAAAUUACGACUCUUCUUCUGCAGUUAUCGAUCAUAAACACGAACCAGAGCAUGAGGUCAAUGAAAGUCAACCUUCGGUAACAUAUGACGAUCAUCAAGAACUUGAAGUUUCAGAUGAAGUUCAUGAGGCUGAAGAUGUUAUAGAAACCAUAAAACCACAUUCGCCAGAAGAAUCCGAAGUUUUUGAUGCAUCGGAUUUGACCGAAGAAGAAGAUUUAUGUUGUUCUCCAAUAACGUCCGAUAGAAAAACAGAAAAAGUUGAGGGUACCUUAGAUGAUAGAACCGAGAAACCUAGUCCGGUAUCGGUUCUCGAGCCAUUGUUCUCGGAUGACGAUAUUAGCCCGGCCAGAACCAUUUCUCGAUCUGGCGAAACUUCAAUUACACCACUACGUAUCCGUUUUGAAGAUCACGUUACACCAACCGAAAAUCAAGAAACAUCUAUCCAUACUCUUGUUGAAAACGAGGAAUCAGCAUUUGAGUACAUCGAAACGGUUCUUUUAGCUUCGGAUCUCAAUUGGGAUGAGUUUGAAGAAAGAUGGAUUUCUAAUGCUCAAAUAUUGGAUCAAUCAUUAUACGAAGAACUACAAAUCUUUUCGAGUCAACCCGUUUGCGAUCAACGGCUCCUAUUCGAUUCCACUAACGAAACUCUCAAGCAAAUAUGUGAUCAAUACUUGGGUUUGUUUCCCGAGUUACCGUUUUUCAAAACAAAUAUGUAUCGGAUUCCGAAGGGAAUGGAAUUGAUAAAUGAGGUAUGGAAAAGAAUCGAGUCACGUCUCAACUGUGUUUAUCUUCGGUCGUUGGAUCAACUUAUAAGUAAUGACAUGGACAUAUCGAGAAUGUGGAUGGAUCUUUGGUUGGGGACUAGGGAAAUAGUUAUGGAAACCGAAGAAUGGAUAUUGGAGGAUUUGAUCGAUGAUACCCUUUUAAGCUUAAUGGAUAUUAACUAAUUAACCUUAAAAUGAUAGGUAACAUAGUUGCUACUUUUUGUAAUGGUAAAAACUAGAAAGUUUUAAGUAGUGAUAACGUAGAUUUAUAGGUUGGUUUGUGUGGAGAGUGUAUUGUGACUUGUGUAGUGUGCGUGUGUUUUGUUUUUUUAUUUUAUUUUAGAUUUUUUGAUUUUUUUUUUAGCCCUAGUUUGUAAUCUGUAAUCUGUAACUAUAUAAUAAAUGAGAUCUCAUAAUAAAUGAUGAUAUGUUUUUUUGGUGAGUUUA